UGCAGCUGUCUAAUUGGUUCGUGAUACCUCAAAAUUGAACUUAAGACGGUCUUGAAUAUAAGAACUGACUAUGAAGAAUACCGGCGACCGGCUACAGAACAUGAAGGCCAUGAAGCAGCAUGAAAAAAGCAUAUUCAUAGCGCUACAUGUGGUCGAUUCGUUCGUUUCGUGCAAAACCGCAUCGAAUGAGUGUAUUUUUAUCAAAAUUUGAACGAAGCGGGGUAUUCUAUACCUUUACCACAUUAAAACGGCUGAGACGCAAAAGCUGAAACAAUCGAAAUGAAAGGCAGCACAAAGAACACGUCCUAUGGCGCGAAUGAAUGGGAAGAUAUGCCAUUAAUUAAUAAAAAGAAACUGCUGGAACUAUGUAUCAAAUUAAUACAUAAAGUACCACCACAACAUAAAAUAGAGCUUUCUGGGUCUCAUGCACCAACAAAGGAAGAGAAAAUAUUAUUCCAGAAACAUGGACCAAUUCGAAAAGGUUCAUUUACACCUAUGGAAGAUAAAAUUAUCAGGAAAAACUGGAAGACAUUCUGCAAGCUCCAUGACUGGGAUCUAAAGAAUCCGAAGCCAUUUCUUUGUUGGAGACACGAUGGUAGAUAUUAUUAUAUAAAUGACAUAAAAGAAAGACAAAAAUUUGUUCAAUUUUUGGCAAAUGGAUUACCUUGGCGAACUCUGUACAGUGUUUAUACUAGAUUUAAAGUAUUACAUCGUGAUAAAAUCGUUUACACUCGAUAUACUACUAAGGAAGAUAAAAAAAUUUUAAAAUAUAUAAAGAAUGAACAUCUUGAUAAACGUCUUACUAAAUAUAGUGAAUUAGCAAAAUUACUAAGACGGACUGGGCCGUCGAUCUUUAAACGAUACCAAUAUCUCAAAAAUAAAACUCUAGAUAAAUCAGAAAUGGAAUCAUUAGUUAAUGUUGAAUGGACGUUACCACUGAUCAAGAAAUUUAUAAAAAUGUUACUUGAUGUAACAAUAAGUGAAGAUAUAAAAGAACUCAAAGAUGCCACACUUCCUAAACCAGUGUGGCAGACAAUGGAGAAAAAACUUAACAUACACCAGAAUGUCUUAAGAACAUUUUGGCAACAUCAAUUACAUCUACAAUUAUUCAGCACGGGUCCUAUUUAUUUAAACGACAUUAAAAUACAAUUAAUUGAAUAUAUGUAUACAAAAGGAAUAUCUAAUAUUCGCGAAAUUAUAUGGUACAAUGUUGCAAAAUACUUCGACGGAGCAACUGCGAUAUUUCUUUGCAGAACCUUUUUUUAUCUUGUUCAAGAAUGCAAUCUAACCGAUAAGGAUAAUUUCGCCGAUGUUGUGGAAUAUUUAUAUCAUUCUAAAAUUCCUAAAAUUCGAAAUUCAUACAUCGAUAAAUUCUUACCUAGAAUUAUCUAUAAAAAUGGAAAAAUUUUUUUACUAAAUAUGGAAACUGGUGAAAAAAUUACGGCCGAUGAUUCUCAAAAAAUUGAUCACGAUAUUGAUUCUACCGAUAGUUAAUUUGAAUAAAAAAAAGUAUCUAUUAUAACUCUAUCUUUUUAAAUCUGAAUUAUACAAUAUAUAAUUUUAUCAUGUACACUUCAAAUAGG